AGUGUUAGUGAACAAAAAACAAUGACCAGUGAAAUAUCUGUGUCAGAUUGAAUUUGAUAAAUGAGCAGGAAAUAGAAGAGAUACAGAAACCUUUAAGGCCACUGUGGGAACAUCUUAAUAUUGCCGUGUUCUGAGGAUGAACAUUUUUGAUUGGUUAUAUACACAGCAACUGAAAGACCACUGGCUUUGGCUUGCUACCUUCACUCAAUCUCUGUCCACAACCUUUCAUGCUUGACUGCAUCUGCCGAGAGUCUUCCAGGCUGGAGAAGCAUGAACAUCCUUAAGGAACCUGUGUGCUUGGGAAAAUGUGAGCAUGUCUUCUGUCUAGCUUGUGUGGGUGACUGUAUUGGCACAGAAUGCCCAGUGUGUCACACGCCAGCCUGGGUACAAGAUGUGCAAAUAAAUAGGCAGCUAGACAACAUGAUCCAGCUGUGCAGCAAACUGCGACAUCUACUGGGCAAAGACGUCACAGAUUCUGCAGAAGACUUGUUCACAUCAGUAGGUCCUGAUCAUGAAACAAGAAGUAAGAAGAAGCAGAUAAAAAUGUGGUUCAGUCCACGCAGUAGGAAGAUCAGAUGUGUGCUAAACAAUAGUUCCCUUCAGAAGCAGAAUCAACCGGUGACUAAUAGUGGUUGCAUUAACCAAGGCCCAUCUUCUACUUUUGACUUCCUUCCUUCUCCUCCUCAAGAGAAGCCUUCCAAGAUGACCAAGGAACCACCAUCACACAGAUCGAAGAAAAAACUGAAGAAAAAGAGUCUAGCAGACAUCAACAAAGUGUGGGGUAUAGAGAAGGAAAAGCAGAAAGAGGGCAGUGGAAUCAAAGGGGAGACCCAAGAUGAAUUUAAAGAAAAGACUGUGACCUUUUGCAGCCAGUCAUUAGUUCUAUGGAGCCCAGAACCACAUGGUACGGAAGAGACAAUAGGACAGGAGUUUGUAAUGGAAACCGACCUUAAGGAUGGAAGAGAAUCCCACUUGGAAAUGGACACACAAGUAAAACCCACAGAGGAUAAAGAUAGCUCUGCACAAGUUAAUACAAUGAAUGGUUUUAAUACAGAGAAACCUCUGCCAUCAGAAAAUGAAAUUACUCCUUUAAAGCGCGGAAGGCAGCAGUCCAUAUCCCCCACUAUAUCUCAUGCUAAAAGACUGAGAAGAAAUGAUCAGCGUGCUGAUAUGCACUCAGUCAACCAGGGUGUUUGCAAUUCUGAGGUAACUGCCAUGAGCAUUGUUAAAAUCUCUCCAAUUACUGAACAUGGAACUCCAGUUCAUAUCUCUUCUGCAUUUAAACUUACUGAUGGCACCUUAUCAAAGACAAGAAGCUCUGCAAUCUUUCAAGAAAUCAAUAGCCCUUCACUUUCGAAAACUCCCUCUACCCCAUUCACUUCAAAUACUCAUAAUCAAAUGGGAACAACACACAGCCCUUCCCUCUUGAAGAAGUCUCCUAGUAAUAACACAACUACCAAAAGGAAUCACAGAGGAGAGUCCUUGCUCCACGUUGCUUCUAUCAAGGGUGAUGUAUCAGCCAUUGAACACUUACUGAAAAAUGGAGCAGACCCCAAUGUUAAAGACCAUGCUGGAUGGACGCCAUUGCACGAGGCUUGUAAUCAUGGGCACAAGAAGGUGGUGAAGCUAUUGCUACAGCACAGGGCACUGGUGAACACUACUGGGUAUCAGAAUGACUCACCGCUUCAUGAUGCUGCCAAGAAUGGGCAUGUGAGCAUUGUUGAGCUGUUGCUCUCACAUGGAGCCUCCCGGGAUGCAGUUAAUAUAUUCGGUCUGCGCCCUGUGGACUACGCAGAAACUGAAAAGAUGAAGUCUGUGCUAAUGCUACCAAUGAAGAACGAAUCAUAUUCAUUUAGUCAAUGCUCAGAACAAGCAAGCCCAGGCCGCCCUAGAGAAGGACCUGUUGCUCUACUGGGAAGCAGCCUCAAUUCAGAGCAACAAAAAUCACUGAGCAAACUCGCAGCAGUUCUGAAGGCUAGAAAAUGUGUUGAGUUUAACAGCACAGUGACUCACGUCAUUAUCCCUGAUGAUCCAAUGCGAAGUACUAUCAAAGGGAUGCUGGCCAUUCUGGCUGGAUGUUGGGUCCUGAAAUUUGAGUGGGUGAAGGCAUGUUUGCAAAGCAGAAUUCGUGAACAAGAGGAGAAGUAUGAAAUCUGUGGUGGCCCACAAAGAGGCAGACUCAACCAAGAACAGCUGCUGCCUAAGUUGUUUGAUGGUUGCUACUUCUAUUUUUUGGGAACUUUCAACCACCACCAGAAGAGUGACCUCAUAGAGCUGGUUAAAGCAGCAGGAGGACAAAUCCUUGUUAGGCAGCCAAAGCCAGAUAGCGACGUGACACAGACCAUCAACACAGUGGCAUACCAUGCCCAACCUGGUUCUGAUCAGAGUUUCUGCACACAAUACAUUAUCUAUGAUGUGUCUUCUAAGUACAACCCAGAUAAAAUUCGCCAAGGCAAAGUCUGGAUGGCCCCCUCCAGCUGGCUCAUAGACUGUGUGAUGUCAUUUCAGCUGUUACCUGUUACAAAGUGAAUAUCCCGGCAGCAUGAACAAGUUUCUCAAAUGACCUCCGAACCUCUUGAGCAGUUGGAACACACUGCCAGGCAGUCUAGAAUCAAAAGCUAAACCCACUCUUCAUUAUUCACACUUAAAACCACAGUAGAACCUAUUAACGACUGGGAUACUCACUGUGAAUUGCUGAAUUUUGUGAAUAAAUGAACAAGCAAUGAAAAAUAAGGAUAACACAUGAGAAAUGUACUUUAAAUUCCUUUAUUUGACACAGCUCAUUUUCAGUUGUUCUAUUUCAGCAUACUAAUAUAUGUUCCAUAUAGCAUUUUGUAAUUUAUAAUGAAGUCUUUGUAACACGAGACCUUUAGAACACCCUUGGUUGUUCAAACCUUCCCUUCAGAGUGGAUGAGAUCAUCAUUUCUUGUUUGUGACGUAUAAAUUAACAGCGUCCUACCAUAAGUGUCACAUAGUCAGAUUUCCCUUUAAGGCCAAGAAUUAAAAAAUAGGACCCUAAAUGCCUAAAACCAUACUUCAGCAUCUGCCUAAUUUCACUGAGAUAUGAGGUAGCCAUGUGUUCAGCAUUUUUGAAAAUUGGGCAUGUGCAUAAAUACAGAUUUAGGAGUCUAACUUCAGACUUCAAAGUGGUAUUUGCAAAACCACCUAAGUUACUUAGGACAAGUCCCAUUAGACAUUCAAUAGGACUUGUGGUCUUAAGUCACUUAGGCAUCUUUGGAAAAUCCCACUCCUAUAUUUAAAAAUCUUGACCUAACCUAUUCUUAAUGUUUCAUUAAGAGUCAUUAUCAAAACUCAUUCCACUUUCAUACCUGUAAAUAUAUAAUUUAAAAAAAUCCUAGCAAACUAGCAUCUCAUUUAAGAUGUGAUUUUUUU